AUGGUAAACAUUCAAAGGUCUUUCCUGACCUCUUUCGUGGUCCUGGGAUAUGCAUCCGAGGCUUUGGCUGCAUUCGUCCACCCAGGCCUGCUGGUCACCACCUCCGACAUCGACCGAGCCAAGGCCAAGGUCGAGGCAAAGCUUGACCCCUGGCUGGCCAGCUGGGACAAGCUGACCAGCUCAGAGUACGCCCAGGCUGAGUACACCAACAACGCCGUCGAGACCAUCUACCGCGGCUCCGACGGCGAGCAUGACGCGAACAACGAGCUCCUAUGGCACGACGCCGCCGCCGCCUUUAUGCUCGCGCUGCGCUGGAAAAUCAGCGGCAACGACUCGUACGCUGAUGCCGCGGCCUCUAUCCUGACCGCCUGGGGCGAGAAGCUGACGGCCAUCGGCGGCGACAUGGACGCGUACCUCUGUGCUGGCUUCCAGGGGCACGAGCUGGCCAACGCAGCCGAGCUCCUUCGAGACUACCAGCCCUUCAUGGACAAGGGCUUCGACACCGUCACCAACAUGCUCAAUACUAUUUUCCUGCCCAUGAACAUCGCCUUCCUCAACCACGAGCUCCCGGCCGAGCACAUUUGGACGCAUUUCCAUGCAAACUGGGAGCUCGGAAACAUGGCUUCGGCUAUGGCAAUCGCAGUCCUGACCGAGAACACAACCACCUGGGACUUUGUUGUGGACUAUUUCAAGAAUGGCGGAGGCAAUGGCUGCAUCAACCUCGCCGUCUCAAAUCUGGUGGAGGAGCCCGGCACUGGGGUGAUCCUCGGACAAGGGCAGGAGUCUGGUCGUGACCAGGGACACUCAGCGCUCGACCAGCAGAUGCUUGGUGUUAUUGGGCAGCAGGCAUGGAACCAGGGAGAAGAUCUGUUCUCGUACAACGACAGUCGUAUUCUCCAAGGAGCUGAGUACUUCGCCCGCUACAAUCUUGGCCACGACGUCCCCUUUGUCAACUAUACCAACUCCAUCGUCUUCUGGGACCAGAUCAGCGAAGCCUCGCGCGGCGCCACCCGACCCACGUGGGAGCUGCUCUAUAGCCAUUAUGUCCAGAUUAAGGGAAUGGACGCACCAUGGACCACCAAGUAUCUCAACUACACCCUGGAUGGAUAUGGUGGCUUCGAGCCGGGUGCGGGGACCUACGGCGAGGGUUCUGGACAUUAUGACGGCCUCGGAUGGGGCUCUUUGUUGUACCACAUGGACGAUGAGUGCCCGUAUACGAUAAGCUCUGCACACCGAAAUCUGCCCCAGUAA